UGAGGAAGAGACAAUCCUGAUUAUCCGCCGUCUCCACAAGGUGCUCCGCCCCUUCCUGCUCAGACGACUCAAGAAGGAGGUGGAGUCCCAGCUUCCAGAGAAGGUGGAGUAUGUCAUCAAGUGUGACAUGUCGGCCAUCCAGAGGGUCCUGUACCGCCACAUGCAGUGCAGAGGAAUCCUCCUCACCGAUGGAUCAGAGAAAGACAAGAAGGGUAAAGGAGGAGCGAAGACCCUGAUGAACACCAUCAUGCAGCUGAAGAAGAUCUGCAACCACCCCUACAUGUUCCCACACAUUGAGGAGUCCUUUGCUGAGCACUUAGGCUUCCCGAACGGCGUUAUAAGCGGACACGAGCUGUACCGUGCAUCGGGGAAGUUUGAGCUGCUGGACCGGAUCCUUCCCAAGCUGCACGUCACCAACCACAGAGUUCUGCUGUUCUGUCAGAUGACAUCACUCAUGACCAUCAUGGAGGACUACUUUGCUUACCGCAAUUUCCUCUACUUGCGCCUCGACGGCACCACCAAGUCUGAGGACCGUGCGAUGCUGCUGAAGAAGUUCAAUGAGAAAGGUUCCCAGUACUUUGUGUUCCUACUGAGCACCAGAGCCGGGGGACUGGGCCUCAACCUGCAGGCUGCGGACACUGUGGUCAUCUUUGACUCUGACUGGAACCCUCACCAGGACCUCCAGGCCCAGGACAGGGCUCAUCGUAUUGGUCAGAAGAACGAGGUCCGUGUUCUGCGUCUGUGUACGGUCAACAGUGUGGAGGAGAAGAUCCUAGCGGCUGCUAAGUACAAACUGAACGUGGACCAGAAGGUGAUUCAAGCUGGGAUGUUUGACCAGAAGUCCUCCAGCCACGAGCGGAGAGCCUUUCUCCAGGCCAUACUGGAAACAGAGGAACAGAAUGAGGUUGGUCACGGUGGCGUGGGAAUAAAGAUUAAAUGCAGUUCCUUGCAGGAGGAAGACGAGGUGCCUGAUGAUGAGACUCUGAACCAGAUGAUCGCCCGUAAUGAGGAUGAGUUUGAGCUGUUCAUGAGUAUGGACCUGGACCGGCGGCGGGAGGACGCCAGGAACCCUAAAAGGAAGCCUCGUCUGAUGGAGGAGGUCGAGCUGCCAUCUUGGAUCGUCAAGGAUGACGCAGAGGUGGAGCGGCUCACCUGCGAGGAAGAGGAGGAGAAGAUCUUCGGCCGAGGAUCACGCAGGAGAGGCGACGUUGACUACAGCGACGCCCUGACAGAGAAACAGUGGCUCAGGGCAGUAGAGGAUGGUAACCUGGAGGAAAUGGAGGAAGAGAUCCGUCUGAAGAAGUCGAGGAAGAGGAGAAGACGAGGGGACAAGGACGGAGGGAGGGAAGAGGGAGGAGAGAAGGCAAAGAAGAGGCGUGGACGUCCCCCUGCUGAGAAGCUGUCCCCCAACCCCCCCAAACUCACCAAACAGAUGAACGCCAUCAUCGACACCGUCAUCAACUACAGAGACGGGUCUAACAGACAGCUGUCAGAGGUGUUUGUCCAGCUGCCGUCCAGGAAAGAGCUGCCAGAGUACUACGAGCUGAUCAGGAAACCUGUUGACUUCAAGAAAAUCAAGGAGCGCGUGCGGAGCCACAAGUUCAGGAGUGUGUCUGACCUGGAGAAGGAUGUGAUGCUGCUCUGUCACAACGCUCAGACCUUUAACCUGGAGGGGUCACAGAUCUAUGAGGACUCCAUCGUGCUCCAGUCUGUGUUUAAGAGUGCCAGACAGAGAAUCGUAAAGGAGGAGGAGAGUGAAGAGGACAGCGAUGAUGACAAUGAAGAUGAUGAUGAUGAGGAAGAGUCGGAGGCAGAGUCUAAUUCAGUGAGGGUGAAGAUACUGCUAGGUAAGAAGGAGUCUGGCGGUAGCAGCAUCGGAGCCCGUCACCAUAACAAGGACAAAGGCAAGAAGAGACUGAGUCGCUCCAAGGCCAAACCCGUCGUCAGUGACGAUGAUAGCGACGAAGACCAGGAUGACAACAAUCAGUCUGAGGAGAGCAGAAGUGAAGAUGAGUGAAGAAGAGGAAGGCUGAUCCUUAGGACUUAACAAGAAAAUCCUUUCAUUAUUUCUUUUAUUUUCUACAGUAUGGCACUUAUUCAAUCAUUUUUGGUUUUCUUAGUUUUUUCUCUUUCUACUAUAUGGAUGUUUUCUCUCAGAGCUGUCGUCACCAUAGUGAUGGCAUGUGACUAUGUUGGUACAGACAGACAGACAGACAGACAGACAGACAGACAGACAGACAGACAGGGUUUUCUAUGGCAAUUUUCUUCUUAGUUUACCUUACAGGAAUAUUUUAAAGAUCAAACAUUGUGGAGAAUCUAUAUUUUAUGUGUGUUUGUACAUUUUAUAUAUUUAUGCUUUAAUUCAAUGAGAUUAAAAACAAAUUCAGAAUCAACAACAUUUGGUUACAAACAACACAUAUGCUUGCAAAUGCUUAGUUUAUAUAAUUGCAUUUUUAAAAGUGUUUAUAUCAUGGCACUAUAGAUAUAUGGUAUCUAAUGUUAUAUUUCCCACUAUUCAGUCCCAUUAGCAUUAGUUUCCUAUAGAGCUCCCCAGCUUGUCGUCCGAACAACAGGAAAUGAUUUACCUCUGGUUUGUUCAGACAUUCCUAUGGGGAAAAUUAAUGGGGUUUUGGAAUAAAGGCAUAAAAUAAGGUCAGAGGUUAACACAGGCUUAGGAGGUCUUAUAUGUUGUGUUCUAUGAGAUAUCAGUCAGUUAACAUGACCUUUAUGAAACUAUGUUGUGUUUUUUUUUUUUAUUAUUACGUAAAUGCUUCAAAAUUCACAAGAAGUGUUAGCUGAUGAAGACGAUCUCAUAGAACAAAACGUACGGUCUCCUAAACCUGUGUUUCCCACAGACCUUAUUUCUCUGUUUAUCCAAAAACAUUCAUUUUCCCAUAGGUUUUGUCCAUCGAACCAUGGCGGAGUGAGUGCCUACAAAAAGACGCCAUUACGAUUUCUCUAUAUUAUCCUAAGCAAUAUCUUAAUCUCUCCAUACUGCAGUUUACUAGUUAGUAGUCCUAGCUGCUGCCGUUAUCUUAAUCUCCCCAUACUGCAGUUUAACAGUUAGUAGUCCUAGCUGCUGCCUUUAUCUUAAUCUCCCCAUACUGCAGUUUAACAGUUAGUAGUCCUAGCUGCUGCCUUUAUCUUAAUCUCUCCAUACUGCAGUUUAACAGUUAGUCGUCCUAGCUGCUGCCGUUAUCUUAAUCUCUCCAUACUGCAGUUUAACAGUUAGUCGUCCUAGCUGCUGCCUUUAUCUUAAUCUCCCCAUACUGCAGUUUAACAGUUAGUCGUCCUAGCUGCUGCUCAUGUAGAGAUAGACCACAUACUGCAGUAUAUUGAUUUCCUUCUUUAUGGAUUGAAGUGCUCUGUUUUGAUUUACUCAUUUAGAUAUUAGAUAUCAUCAAGAGAUAUCAGUUAGAUAUGAGUCAUUAAUCUAGUAGUGAUCUCCUCUCUCUGUUACCCUGCAGUGUUGUUGUGUGGUGGUGGUGUUGUGUGGUUGACUAGAUAGACAGACGGGCAGGCAGGCAGACAGGAAGACAGACAGGCUGACAUGAAAACAGACAAACAGG